CAAGACUGCGAAGCUGCACGUAGGAGCGUGAGCGCGAGCACGCGGCGCGGGACAGCACGAGAGCGCGCGAGAUAGAGCGACGCGAGCGGGCGUUGGUGGAGUGUUGCGCUAAAACUGCCCCUAAAGAGCGAUAAAACUGCGAAUCCCAGCGCUGAAGGUACCGUGUCACCCCGAUAACCAGCUGAAAUUACGGCACAAGCCAAGAUGAACGUCUUCGACCGGAACAUCAAUUUCGACGCCCUGUUUAAGUUCUCCCAGAUUUCCCACUCCACCCGGCAACACCUGAAGAAUGUGUACUCCUCCCUCUCCAUGUGCAUGUUUGUGGCUGCGGCCGGCGCCUACGUCCACGUCGUUACCCGGCUCCUCCAGGGAGGGUUUCUGUCCCUGCUGGGCUCCUUGGCCUUGAUGGCCUGCCUGGCGCUGACGCCGCACAGCCCGCAGUCUGAGAAGAAGAGGCUCGCGAUGCUUGCAGGCUUCGCUUUCUUUACCGGUGUUGGUCUUGGGCCUCUUAUUGACUUUGCCAUCGUUGUUAAUCCGAGCAUCAUUGUGUCGGCCUUCCUUGGAACAUCUAUCAUCUUCCUGUGCUUCACCUUGAGUGCCCUCUAUGCCCAGCGCCGGAGCUAUCUGUUCCUGGGAGGUAUUUUAACAUCUUCCCUGUCUGUUCUGCUCCUGGUGUCCAUGUUCAACCUCUUCUUUGGAUCGCUGGUGCUUUUUAAGGCUCACGUGUACCUUGGGCUGGCCAUCAUGUGUGGGUUUGUGCUGUUUGACACUCAGCUCAUCAUUGAGAAGGCCGAGAAUAAUGACAAGGACUACAUCUGGCACUGUGUAGAGCUCUUUCUUGACUUUGUGACGAUCUUCAAGAAACUCAUGAUAAUCCUGUCCAUGAAUGAAAGGGAUAAGAAGAAGGAGAAGAAGUAGACGGAUGAGUCUCCUAAAUUAUAAGGUUAAUGGCCAAGAAUAGAGCGUGAAAGGCUCCUGGUGCAUAUACCCCCACUACUGGAUUAUAAUUUGGAUGUGUUUUCAUUAUUUAGUGUCUUAAUUUUCAGAUGUGUAGGACUUUGGCUUUGCAGAAAGUCUGAUGUGUUCGUGUUGUAAUACCGGUAUUGUCCAGCUGAUGGAGUCGCUGUUUUGGAAUGGGCAUGUCUGUAGCUGGCAGUAUCUGGUGUCUGGGCACCUCAGCUUCUUCCUUUACACUUAGGCUGGUUAAUUUUUUUGCUUCUGCUGUUUUCCAGGCAAUUUGUUUAAAUCCUUUGAACAUGAGAGUGGAAAAUGGUUCACUUGACGAUUAGAUGGAGGCCAUAUUUUGCAACAAUGUUAGCUAUGCCUGUUAAUUUGGGGAAAAUUGGCAGAAAUUUGCAAGUGUUCUCACCUCUGUUGUGGAACUGUAUAUAUUGCCAUGAGGAAGGGGGGCUUGGGGCAGGUAAGCUACUGGGAGAACAGGAUCUAGAGAGCUGUAGCCUGUUUUGAGGGUGUGCAGAGCCUAUUGCCCGGCAGCACUGUUCAUACUGUGAUGUGCGUUCGUAGAUGUCUGUGCAUAAGCUGUCGUUUUUUCGCCCCUUAUUCCAUCGCAGUACAUUGGCAAGGUGCACUUAGUGUGAUUUGAACUGAACACGUAAUGAAAAUGCUUUAUGCUCGGAUUUCACUCUUGAACGCUGCUUAUUUUAUAAGGGCACCAGGCUGUGGAGGAAUGAGGGUCACUCUCCUGGCCACGGGGUCGUGUAUCUGUCCCCCCCCCACCCCCCCUCUGUGCGUGCCAUUCUAGCUGAGCCCUUCAUUGUCCCUGAUUUGCCAGCACUGUUUAACAUAUUUUCCAUAACAUGAAGUGGUGAUUCUUUCUAUUAAUCAAUGGAUAAAGGUGUAUCUGGGUACUUCUUGCUCAAAUUCUUUUCCCUCCCAUUUGAUAAGUUUAAAAUUCAGUACCAGUUUAAAGAAGUUAAAAGAAACUGGGGCAAAGCCAGCAAAUUAGGGUCCUGGAUGCAUGGUCCCAGAGACCUCGCUCUGGGGAGCUAGAGGCUGAUCACAUGCCUUUAAUAUGCUGGCUUUUCCUGCGUUUCUGUCUGCUGUCUUAAGACGAAUGCGGGCCUGUGCUUAUGCUCAGCUUUUUUUCUCUCCUUUUUCUGCGUGCAGGAUGUUGAAGCUUGGGUUUGACCUCUUUCUCUCGGGCACAUUGACCCUGAGGUCUACCCUUCUGUCCCCAUACGUGCCAUACGUGUCUGUUUCUAUGCUAGAGAGCUAGAUGUGGCCAGCACAGCACUGAUGUGUCGCUGAGCUGUAAACACAACUGUCACCCAGCUCAUGGUAGACCACAGCUCAGCUCAGCCAGCUGCUUGCUGCACUGGGAUUUAAAGCCCACAUGGGUGCUCUGCUGAUGCGGAGUGCAGCUGUCUGACAGGUUACCCCCUUUUCUUUCUGCCAAGGAUUGUUGUACUUUUGCAGACUGUAAUGGAAAAUUGUUUAAAUAAACUCAGAAAUGAUGCA